AGCAGUGGGAACCACUUUUUUCCUGUUGCCAGUUUUUUCUUAUUGUCAGAAAUCCUUUGUGUCUAAACAGUGCCUGAAUUUCUCCUACCCACCUGGACCUUUAAUCGUUAUUUCUUAAUUUGUAGAAGCUUUCAGUGUCGUUUUGCUUAUUUCUGGGCGAGAACAUUUCCUCAGCCUUACAGCCUCUUCCCUAACUCUGGGCAACAUACUACAGAAAUAUGCCUUUAAAAGAAAAAGGAGGGGACUUCCCUGGUGGUCCAGUAGUAGAGAAUCCUCCUUACAAUGCAGGGGAUGCGGGUUCGAUACCUGGUCAGGGAACUAAGAUCCCACAUGCCGCGGGGCAAGUAAGCCCGCACACCACAGCUGGAGAGCCUUCUUGCCGCAAAGUGCAAAGCCCACACGCCCUGGAGCCUGGGCACCACAACUAGAAAGACGCCCGCGGCCGCAAUGAAAGAUCCUGCAUGCCACAACUAAGACCCGAUGCAGCCAAAAACAAAUUAAGAAAGAAAAAAGAUCCUAGUCGGUGAGGAAAAUGGAUUGGAAAAGAGAAAGCAGUGGGAGAGUGCGUAGGAAAGCGUUGCAGAAGCCCAGGAAGGUCACCUUCUAAGAAUCAGGCAUCGGUGGAAGAAGCUCAAGAGACCGUGAGGCCUGAGUGGUGAACGUCGUCAUCAUGUCCACAGGAGUCCUGGAAGAUGCCUGGAGGGAGAGAGGUGGAGAGAAAGAUGUGGGCCCGGAAUCUCGGUGAGGAAGGAGCUCGCAGAAGCCAGCGCCAUGGAGACGAGGCCCCAGGAGGGCAGGAAAGGGCCCCCACCCAGGGACGUGCCCCCGGUGGUGGGACUGCUGCUGUCCAUGGCCCUCAUGAACGCCCUCCUCUACCUCUGCCUCGACUGGCUCUUCAUCUCGCCCCGGCGCUCCACGGAGGACCCCACGCGCUGUCCCUACGGCCACUUCAGGAUGGGGCCGACGAGCAACUGCUCCCCGUGGCUGUCCUGCGAGCAGCUGAGGACAGAAGUGAGGCAGAUGAAGCGUGUCGGGGAAGGAGCCGUGAAGAGAGUGUUUCUGUCCGAGUGGAAGGAACGCAAGGUGGCUUUGUCGCGGCUCACCAGGCUGGAGGUAAGAGACGACUUCCUGCACGGACUGCGGAUGCUGAAGUCGUUGCAGAGUGAGCACGUUGUCACGCUGCUGGGCUACUGUGAGGAUGACAACAGCAUCCUCACCGAGUACCACCCCUUAGGCUCCCUGAGCAGCCUGGAGGCGACGCUGAACCUCUCCAAGUACCGGAGCACGAACACAUGGCAGCACAGGCUGCAGCUGGCCCUGGGCUACGUGGCCAUCAUCGACUUCCUGCACCGUAGCCCCCUGGGCACGCUGGUCAUGUGCGACUCCAGCGACCUGCCCAAGACACUGUCCCAGUACCUGCUGACCGCCAACUUCAGCAUCGUGCUCAACGACCUGGACGCCCUGCCUCUGGUGAACCGCAGCACCGGGGCCCUGGUGAAGUGCGGCCACCGGGAGCUUCACGGGGACUUCGUGGCCCCAGAGCAGCUGUGGCCCUACGGAGAGGACGUGCCUUUUCACGACGACCUCAUGCCCGCGUAUGACGAGAAGAUCGACAUCUGGAAGAUUCCAGACGUCUCCAGUUUCCUUCUGGGGCACGUAGAAGGGAGCGACAUGGUCCGAUUCCACUUGUUUGAUAUUCACAAGGCGUGUAAGAGCCAGACGCCUGCAGAGAGACCCACCGCUCAGGACGUCCUGGACACUUACCAGAAGGUUUUGAAUCUACUCAGAGACACCGCGACAUCUCAGACAAGAGAGAUGCUGUAAAAACCAGUGCAGUCGGUGAGGUAUGGGAGUCAAGGAUCGGAUGGAAGAGUUAACAGUGGUUCCGCUCUGAUGGUGAGGUUUUCGCUGCUUUGACCCGUGGUUCUUCCAUCCGUGUGCACAAGUGAGCGGCUCCCUAUCCUGGCCGCCUGGCAGGAGUUACUAAGCCAGAGCAAACCGGGCUUGAUGGGAGCCUGGCUUCAGGCCAAGGUGCAAAGAAGCAGCGAGUCUGGCCAGUAUCUGAAGGAAGUAACAAAAAUGGAGCUACAAAGAGGCUUCCCUAACACCUAAAUGUGUAAGCUUGUAAGAAAUGUGUGUAGAGAGGUUUUUAAAUUGCAGUGUACGGAAGAAACAAGCAGUAGUACUCGCUUUUUUAGGUGAGUAUUGCAGUGUAUUUCACUGGUACUGAUGAGGCAUCUCUACCAUUUCAAAUGAUUGCUCUGUGAAGCUCCCGUGCCAUUCCCUUCCCAGCGAGCUUGCACGUUCUUUGAAAUUUUGAAUGGAUAAGGAACGUUUAAAAUAUCAAGUAUGAUGGAGAUUAUGUUACUGCC